AUGGAGUCGAGUCGGAGUCUGAAGCUGCCGCUGGUCUCUCUGAUGAUGAUGACGACGAUGGUGAUGACGAUGAUGGUGAUGAAGAUCUCUGCUGCAUCACAACAGAACUUCUGCUCCAACUCCACCGUGUUGAGGACUCGGACGGCGUGCCACUCGUGCAACAUCGGCGCGCUGAUGUUGUGUCCCUCCGGAUACAGACGCACGCCUGGAUCCACCCAGCAGGACUGCAAGUACUACAUCCGGACUCCUAACCUGAAGCUGCCGAUCAGCGGCUGCUCCUUCGAGUGCUACAAGGAGGCCGAGCUGAAGAGCUGCUGUCCAGGCUUCUGGGGCCCCGACUGUACCGAGUGUCCCGACCGGGCCGACAGACCCUGCAGCGACAGAGGAGUGUGUUCCGACGGCAUGGGAGGAAACGGGACCUGCAGCUGUCAGGUGGGUUUUGCAGGAACUGCGUGUGAGGACUGUUCUCCUGGUCGGUACGGCUCCUCCUGCUCCUCAGAGUGUCUCUGUGUCCACGGUGUGUGUGCCUCGGGUCUGAACGGGGACGGGAGAUGCACCUGUUUCUCCGGAUACAGCGGGGACAACUGUGACCGAGAGUUACCUGAGUGUGCGUCUCUCCGUUGUCCCGUGGACUCUCGCUGUAUGGAAGAAGCUCUGACGGGACAGCUGGUGUGUCAGUGUCGCCCUGGAUACCAGAAAUCUGGAGAUCAGUGUUUGUCCAUUAACCCGUGUCUCCGGCGGGUCUGCCACGUCCAGGCGUCCUGCAUCCACACCGGGCCCAACCAGCACCUGUGUGCCUGUAACCGUGGUUACAGCGGCGACGGACGGGUGUGCGUGGCGAUCGACCCGUGUCAGCGCCGCCACGGAGGCUGCAGCGCCGAGUCCACGCGCUGCGUCUACGAUGGCCCGGGCACGUCUCACUGCGAGUGUCUCCCUGGUUUCGAGCGUCUGUUGGACAUGUCCUGCAGCCUGAGGGACGCCUGUAGACCAGACUCCUGCCACCGGGACUCUAAAUGUACCACGGUCGGCCCGGACCAAGUCCAGUGCACCUGUCUCCAGGGUUACCUUGGAAACGGUAAAGUGUGUUACGGCAACAUCGUCCAGCGUCUCAACGAGCUGAACACGGAGCCGGGAGGACAGUGGAGCGGCCAGCUGAGCAGCGCCAUCACUCUGCUCGGUCCUCUCGUCUGGCAGCUCCAGAAUUUGGGACCUUUCACUCUGUUUGUCCCGAUCAACAAAGGCUUCAAAGGAACUUCACUGAAGACGCUGACUGUUGAUUCGUCUAAAGCUAAGUACCUGUGUAAGAUGCACCUGGUUGCCGGGGUGAUGCCGUUUGACACUCUGAAGAAAACGGACGUCUUCUACACCCUGACGGGAAAAUCAGCCGAGACGGACACAUCAGAGGGGACUAAGAUCCGUCUCCAUGGCAGCAGGAAGAAGGGCGUGAUCCUACAGCCUGACCUGUUGGCGUCUAACGGGAUGAUCCACGUCAUCAACAAGCUGAUGGACAGCGUGGCGCCCACCGUGGACAGCAACUUGGAGGAGAAUCUGAUGAAGAUCAUUUCUGACUACGGGAAAUUUGACAUGUUCAAGUCGUUGCUGGAGAAAGCUGAUCUGGUCUCGGUUCUGGACAGUCCCGGGCCCAUCACUGUCUUCGCUCCGAGCAGCUCGGCCUUCAACGCCAUGCCCGACGGUCAUCUGACGCACCUGAGCAGCGCCGAGGGUCUCCACAAACUGGUGGAGCUGCUGAGGAACCACAUCGUCCCGUCCACCGCCCUGGAGGUGUUUAAUGCCGUGUCCGGUCCCAGACUUGUGACGAUGGCCAAUCAGGUUCUGACCAUCAACGUGACGGAGAACGGUCAGAUUUUGGUGAACGGUGCCGCGGUGCUGGAGGCAGCGGUGGAAGCUAAGAACGGGCGCCUGUACGUGGUGGACUGGGUCCUGACUCCGCCCUCCAUCCUGCCGGUGCUCCCACACCGCUGUGAUGUCACCGAGAACAAGAUCAUCAAGGGUGAAUGUGUCGGCUGCUCCAAAAUCAAACUGUCUCAGUGCUCAACGGGAGUUUAUACGGGCUCAUCUACGUUCGGAUGUGUCUACGUUAUGUCCAUCGGCAGAUCAGCUCUUCGGAUCCCGGCGACGGGCUGCUCGCCGCUCUGCAACGCCACCGUCACGACUCCAGCAUGCUGUAAAGGUUUCUACGGUCCAGACUGUAGUCCCUGUCCCGGCGGGUACCAGACUCCGUGCUCUGGACACGGUCAGUGUCAGGAGGGCAUCGGGAGGAACGGGUCCUGUUUCUGUGACCAGAACUUCAGCGGGUCCAGAUGCCAGUACUGCUCGUCCUCCAGCAGACACGGACCAGGCUGUCUCUCACGACGCUGUCCCUGCGUCCACGGCCUGUGUGACAACCGUCCGGACUCGGACGGCCGCUGUAAGCCGGACUCGUGUCUGCCGGGUUUCACCGGACGGUUCUGCGACCGCCGGACGGCGCCGUGCGGUGUUCAGCCUCAGUUCUGUCACUCUUACGCCGACUGCGACUUCAGCCAGCUGGGGACAGCCAGGUGUGUAUGUAAACCUGGUUACCAAGGCGACGGUAUCACCUGUGUGGAGUCCGACCCCUGCGCUCCGCCACUCCGGGGCGGCUGCAGCCUGAACGCUAAAUGUAUAAAAACAGGACCAGGAAGUCACAGCUGCCAGUGUCUGAGCGGAUGGCAAGAGGACGGAGACAAGUGUCAACCAAUCAACAACUGCAAUGGUCCGGAAAGAGGAGGUUGCCAUGCCAACGCCACCUGCAUCUACAUUGGACCCGGACAGAGCGACUGCACGUGUAAAUCAGGCUACUAUGGAAACGGACAAGACUGUGAAGCUGUGAAUCAGUGCGUGAAUGAAAACGGAGGCUGCCAUUCCCAGGCCAGCUGCCGCCUGCUGUCCUCUCGGUGGAUGUGUGUUUGUGACGGCGGCUACGUUGGAGACGGACGGACCUGCUACGGGACCGUGGAGCAGGUGCUGAUGACCCUGCCGGACGCCUCUGAGUUCUUCGACUGGACAACCAAAUCUGGCCUGUCCUGGACUCUGUCGGACCAGAACGUCACCCUGCUGGCUCCGUCUUCAACUGCCGUCGCAAUGAUGUCCUCAGAGGACAGAAGCUUCUGGACCUCGGCGGGGAACCUGCCAAGUCUCGUCAGGAACCACAUCAUCCCUGGGAUCUUCUCAUUAUCCACUCUGAGCAGCACUUCCUCUGUGACGUGCCUCCUCAAGACAACACUUCCUGUUUCAACAACCAAUCAGCUGACAGCUGUCGGAGGAGCGACCAUCACCGCGUCUAACGUAGCGGCCACCAACGGACUGAUCCACGUCAUCGAUAAGGUUCUGGUUCCUGACAGGAAGAUGAGUGAAGGUCUGCUGGCGACUCUCUCUCAGAGACCGGAGUUCUCUCUGUUCAGAUCGUAUCUCAUGGAUUAUAACCUGACGGCCGAGAUCGAACGGGCCGAAGAGUUCACCGUGUUUGCUCCGACGGACGCCGCCGUCACCGAUUACCUCAACAAGAUGGCCGCCACCGCCCUGGAUGUGAACACGACGCGGUACCACGUGGUGGCGUCGGAGCGCCUGCUGAAGACCGACCUGCAGCCGGGAGGAUACAAACAGACGCUGCUCGGCUUCUCCUUCCAGCUCGCCAUCUUCCUCCGGGACGGAAAGCUGUUCGUGAACGGCGCUCAGAUAAACUCGUCCAACAUCCUGAGCGGUAAAGGAGUGAUCCACGGCCUGUCAGCUGUUCUACCGAUCAACAGGAACCGCUGCGAUGAUCUCCGCUACACCAAAGUCAUGGGACCUUGUCUGGACUGCAUCUUCCCUCAGGGAAGAGUCUGCCUGAAUGAAAACAUCCCAGACAAAUCGGUGAAGAAGAGGAAAUGUGUGUACUCUCGGAUGUUUGAGGAAGAGCAUCUGCUGUCUAUCGGCUGCCGAGCCACCUGCCUGAAGAAAAACACCGUGCGGAGGUGCUGUGGAGGGUUUUUCGGGGAGCACUGUGAGCCGUGUCCCGGGCCGGAGGGGGCACCCUGCUUCGGUAACGGGGCGUGUUCGGACGGCACCAACGGGACCGGAGUCUGUCACUGUCACAGAGGCUUCAACGGGACGGCGUGUGAAACGUGCGAGAGCGGGAAAUACGGAGUCCACUGUGAUCAGGAGUGCGGCUGUAAGAACGGCCGCUGUAACGGCGGGCUGAACGGAGACGGGACGUGUGAGUGUGACGUCGGCUGGAAAGGAGUCUUCUGUGACGAGAAGAUUGAAUCCACAGCGGAUGAACUGUGUGGCUCUGUGAAAUGUCACACCAGCGCAAAUUGUGUGAUCCGCCCGUCCGGCCCUCAGUGUCUCUGUGCUGCCGGUUUCCAGGGAAAUGGGUCUUUCUGUCAAGCGAAAGACGCGUGUUUGGUGGAUAACGGCGGCUGCAGCCUGUACGCCGUCUGUAAGAGGACUCGGCCCGGCCGCAGAGACUGCAGCUGUAACAGCGGUUACCAUGGAGACGGACUCGUUUGUGUCGAAAUCAACCCGUGUCUGGAAGGAAAUGGUGGUUGCCACGCCAACGCAGAAUGUGUUCACGUCGGACCAAACAAAACUUCCUGUUCCUGCAGCGACGGUUACUCAGGCGACGGACAGAUCUGUAAGCCAAUCGACUUGUGUCGGAAGAAAAACGGCGGCUGCCACCAGUUUUCCUCCUGCAACAUGACGGGUCCGGGUGUUCGCAGCUGCAGGUGUCACGCAUACUUCAUCGGGGACGGAGUGACCUGCAAAGGCCACGUAGCGAGGGAGAUCGUGGUCAGGAAGCUAAAUUACUUUUACCUCGGUGCGAUGUUGGUCGAAAUUCCUCUGAAAGGCCACGGCCCGUUCACCGUCUUCCCCCCCAGCGGGGACGCCUUUGCAGCCUACAGAAACGGCGAAAGAAAGAUCAAACUUCUGACAUCGGGCAAAGAUAAAGAAGCGCUCGGCGCCUUUAUACGCAGCCACAUCGUGAUGUGUCACACGCUGUUGGCCGCCGACCUGAGUCGACCCCGAAACAUGACGUCCCUGUCCGGACUCGUCCUGACCAGCCGGGCCGUCCAGGGCAGCAUCUUCAUCAACGAGGCUAACGUGACGUACAGCGACAGCGUCAGCGUCAACGGGAUCUUUCACGAGAUCGACAAGAUUCUGUUUCCUCCCACGUGGGAACGGAAACUCAGCCGGGCCGCUCAGCUGAACCUGUCUGAUGUGGCUCAGCGUCACGGUUAUAAAACCUUCUACAACCUGCUCGAGGACUCCGGCGUGACGGACCUGUUGAAAGACGACAUAUACCAGCCGCUCACGGCCUUCCUGCCGUCGGACGGCGCCAUGGCGUCUCUGCCGUCGGAGCAGAGGGACUUCCUGUUUCACCGAGACAACCGAGCACAGCUGGCCGAGUACCUGAAGUACCACAUCCUAACGGGGCAGAAGGUUUACGCUGAAGGUCUGGUCCAUCUGGACUCGGCUCGGACUCUUCAGGGCUCGCCGCUUUCCUUCACCUGCGGAGGGACGGACGCCAUCGGAGAGAUCUUCGUUAACGAUGGAAAGUGCCGGAUCGUUCAGAGACACCUCGUGUUUACCGGCGGCAUCGCCUACGGGAUUGACUGCCUGCUGACGCCACCGAGUCUCGGGGGCCGCUGCGACGAACACAAGACCUUCGACAUCACGAUGAGCUGUGGGCAAUGCUCCUCUUCAGUUUCUCGCUGCCCAAAAGGAUCCAAACUAAAGGAGACCCAGAAGUGCGAUCUUCCCAUAUUCUCCGUCACUAAGAACUCUGGCUGUCGCAGCAUCUGCACCUUGCCCUUCUGGCAACCAAAGUGUUGUCAUGGUUACUACGGACGGGACUGUCUGGUGUGUCCCGGUGGUGUCGGCUCUCUCUGCAGUAACCACGGUAACUGUGACGACGGUCACCUGGGUAACGGCACCUGCACCUGUGACACGGGGUUCGGGGGCGUGGCCUGCGAGCUGUGCAGCGACGGAUUCUACGGAGCGAGCUGUAAACCCUGUAACUGCUCUGAACAUGGCUCGUGUGAUGCCGGGCGUAAAGGUUCGGGCUCGUGUUUCUGUGACGCGGGCUGGACCGGAGAGAGCUGCCAUACGCCGCAGGUGCUGGACGUGUGCGGGACGUGGAACGGCGGCUGCGCUAAAGGAGCCAGUUGUUCUCAGAGAGGCGAGACGGUGACCUGUUCGUGUCCUAAAGGCCACGCUGGAGACGGCUUUUCCUGCCAGCCCAUAGACCCCUGCGUCGCCGGGGACAACGGCGGCUGCCACGAGCACGCCACGUGCACCAUGACGGCUCCGGGGAAGAAGAAGUGCACCUGUAAGGACAACUACGUGGGAGACGGAGUCACCUGUGACGCCAAACAGCUGCCGAUCAGCCGCUGUCUCCAGGACAACGGACGAUGUCAUCAAGACGCCCAGUGCACCGACCUCCACUUGAAGGUACCGGAUCUCGGUGUGUUUCACGUGCGUUCAGGUGAUGGUCAGUACAAACUGAACUUCUCUGCGGCUCAGCAGGCGUGCGCUGCAGAGGGAGGCCGCCUUGCUACGUACAACGAGCUCUCCUACGCUCAGCAGGGCGGGCUGAACAUGUGUUCUGCCGGCUGGUUGGACGGAGCCCGCGUGGGGUACCCCACCACCUUCUCCAACCCAAACUGCGGCUUCGGACACGUCGGCAUCGUAGACUACGGCGUCCGCAAAGAGGGCGAUAGCUUCGACGCCUUCUGCUUCAGGAUGAAGGAGGUGACAUGCGAGUGUCGGCCCGGUUUCGUUGGAGACGGAUUCAGCUGCACGGGAAACCUGCUCCAGGUCCUCCAAUCCACACCCAGAUUCUCCAACUUCCUCACACAAAUCCUGAACUGUUCUGCCGAGUCGGAGUCCGGCCGGCAGUUCGUGCAGCGUCUCGGUAACCUGACGGUCCAGAAGACGCUGUUUGUUCCCGAAAACAGCGGCCUGCCCGGCAACCAGACCCUGUCCCAGCGGGACGUGGACCUCCACCUGUCGGAGGGCCGGGCGCUGCCUCUCGGCGAGCUGAGGAAGGACUCGGAUCAGAACUCGAGUCGGCAGUCUGAGCGUGCUCGAGUCUCGGACCUGCUGGACCCCUCGGCUCUGGUCAGACCCAGCCCGACAGCUGCUUAG